CAUUCCUCCGACCACCAGGCGGCAGUAGAGACUAAACGUUUCCUUUUUCACCUCCCUCAAGACAUGGCAGCAGUCAUGGCUGCCCAGAGACAACUGUUUGCUUGUCUAAGGUUAACUAGAGACAUUUCACAAUUGAGAGGUUUAGGUACCAGUGCCGUUCACGGAAAAUGCAGUAUAAACCGGUUUCAUCAAUCACAGACACCCAGCACUUACUUUCAUACCUCAGCUUUUGCAUCAACACCCUCAGCAAUCACGGUCACAGAGGAACCAGACACGCUUUUCCAGAGAGUUGGGAUUUUGGUGAAGGGCCAUGACAGAGCGGUCCUCGACAGCUAUGAGUUCUUUGCCACUCUGGCAGCUAAGGAGCUGGGCAUCAAUGUUAACAAAGUGUUCGAACCACCAAUGGACAUAGAUAGGCUGACACUCCUGAAGUCUGUGCACAUCUUCAAAAAACACAGGGUUCAGUACGAGAUGAGAACACACUAUCGACAUAUUGAGCUAUCGCAUAUCACAGGUUGCACGGCACAAGUGUAUCUUGAAUACAUACAGAGGAAUCUCCCAGAAGGUUUAGCCAUGAAGGUGACAAAGACGGCCAUGGAAAAGAUACCAGACCACAUCCUUGAACCCAUGUGGAAGUCCCAACCCACUGAUGAGCCCAGCCAGUAGAAACGUUUCUGUCCUUUUGUGUGUUCUGUUAAACACCAGUGGGGUCCCAAUACUCUGUGCUUGCAAGUAAACUGAUCAAUUUAAUCCAUAA